AUGGGCCUUGUUAUUUAUACCUGGUAUCGAACUGCGCCCUCUGUAUAUCGAUCCCUGGGAACAAAGGCCGGUGUCGGAGAUUCAAAGGCCUGCACAGACGCCGACUUUGAAGGAGUCGCAGACGUUGUCUGUCUAAAUUCAAGGGCGGCACUGUUUGUUGGUGAGAUGAAGACGCCAUGGAAGCAUAAACUUGCACUCGCCUCCUUGGGGAACCUGAAUCCAGGACGCGGACCUGUUAAUGGGCCAAUCGACAAAUAUGCCACCGCAUGUGAGCGAAUUGUGCGCGAAGAUCCGAGUUUUGCACAGAAGUUUGGAACCCGUUUCCACCGCGAUUUGUUCAAUAGAACCAUCGGUCUUUUUGAAAGCAUCAUAAUAAAUAAGCCCGAAGGCUUGCUCGAAAGCGAGUUCAGUAAAGAAGGCAGGAUUGAUUACAAGGUCAUUAUACGGCAAAAACGAAUCGAAGAUCUCGUCGCAGUCGAAUCCUUAAUAUCAGAGAUCUUGGACGGAAAACACAAACUUAUCAAAAUGGGUUGGAUAUUAGCCCAAGGUACACCACUCCGCUCAUCCAAAGAAAUCGCCAAGAACCGUCAUGCCAUUGGAAAAAGCUACCUUACCCAAGAAGAGAAAGAUCCCUUGGAAAUGCCAAUCAGGUUCUUGCUGGCAACAAAGACAGCGAUGCUAGUCUGUGCAAGCAUAUCACCCUUCCUAUCUUUGAACCUUUCGACAAGGACAAAUGUCAUGGAAGGAUACUAUAACAAAGAAUAUGGCAAUUCCGGAUUUGUUUUCAAUGGACGGGGGUACAUGGGAUGUCGAGACUUCAUGAGUAUGUUUCUUAACCAUGAGCUAUCCAGCAGGAUUUCCAGCAGAGCAUGGUUGCUAUCGAGGAGGACAUACAGCGACUGGGCGCAGACACAACAGAUGAUGAAUUUCGCGAGUUCCAAUACCGCUUCCACAUACGCUUCCAGGCACUUUCUGAUCGUGUUGACGAUCUUGAACAGGCAAUGGAAGACAUGGAGAAUCGCGUGCAACGGACAGAAGAUUAUCUUCCAGGAUCACCUUAGUCAUGUACUUGAUGUGGUCGAGGAUGCAGAAAAGGCGGGACCGAACUUAUGCCGCUGGCUCGAGAUUAACGACUGGUUCGACAUCAUGUGGCCGCGAAUACUUUGCCUAAGGAACAAUGGAUACGAAACUGAAAGAGUCCAUGUCUCAACGCAAGAACUCAACCAGAUUGUCAAGCUUGCCGUCCCCCGCCUGGGCUUACAGGUCAGAAAGAGGAUCGCAGCGAUGCAGCAGCAGCCCUGGCACAAAGCUCACUCCCACCAAUUAAUUAUGUAG